UGUUUUCUCCCAUUGCUGUAACCCAUUCAUGGUGACUAGUUGGAGGAAGUAUCGUCUCUUCCCAGGCGUAGUGUGUAAUCAGACUCUCUUUAGCUCCAUUUCUUCCUUUCUUUCACAGUUUAUCCCGAUUCUUUUUUUUCUGGAUUAGGCAGCAAUCAAUCCUUCUCCCUGUGUCUUUUGAGAAACAGGUGAACCUUGUUAACAGCGAUCAGUUUCUGGAUGCAGUUUCCUCUCCUGCGUUUGAAGGAUGAUGAUACCAGGCAAGACUGAAUCGGCAUAACUUUUACUUUGCAAGAGGAAAAACUUUUUUUUUCCUAUUUGAAGGCAUUAAAAACACAUAGAAUUUAAAAAAAACAGAAGAAGUUGGUUUUAAAGCUGAACUUUUCCACUUUCUUGGGAUUUGUGUGUGUCAAUUUCAAAGGCUGCGGGUUUUUUUCCUUUUCUCCUCCCUCCCCCCAAAAGGAAACUGUUGCUAGUUGGAAUAGACUUUUUAAAUGUUUGGGAUUCAAGAUACUUUAGGAAGAGGACCAAUUCUGAAAGAUAAAUCUCUAGGUUCUGAAAUGGAUUCCGUGAGGUCCUGGGUCAGAAACGUUGGGGUUGUGGACGCAAACGUAGCAGCACAAAGCGGAGUAGCUUUGUCCAGAGCUCACUUUGAAAAGCAGCCACCCUCCAACUUGAGGAAAUCCAAUUUCUUUCACUUUGUUCUGGCUCUCUACGACAGACAGGGGCAGCCGGUGGAAAUAGAGAGGACAGCUUUUGUGGACUUUGUAGAAAACGAUAAAGAGCAAGGCAAUGAAAAGACAAACAACGGCACACAUUACAAACUCCAGCUCCUUUAUAGCAAUGGUGUCAGGACUGAACAGGAUCUAUAUGUUAGACUCAUCGAUUCAGUCACUAAGCAGCCCAUAACUUAUGAAGGACAGAACAAGAAUCCUGAAAUGUGCAGAGUUUUGCUCACUCAUGAAGUCAUGUGCAGUCGGUGCUGUGAGAAGAAAAGUUGCGGCAACAGAAAUGAGACUCCCUCUGACCCCGUGAUCAUUGACAGAUUCUUCUUAAAAUUUUUUCUCAAGUGCAAUCAGAAUUGUUUGAAAACAGCAGGGAACCCCAGAGAUAUGAGACGGUUCCAGGUUGUACUAUCAACAACAGUGAAUGUUGAUGGGCAUGUAUUGGCAGUGUCUGACAACAUGUUUGUUCACAACAACUCCAAGCAUGGACGGAGAGCAAGGAGACUUGACCCCUCAGAAGCCACACCGUGCAUCAAAGCAAUUAGCCCAAGUGAAGGUUGGACUACAGGGGGGGCAAUGGUGAUCAUUAUUGGAGACAACUUCUUUGAUGGGCUGCAAGUUGUAUUUGGAACCAUGCUUGUAUGGAGUGAGCUUAUCACACCUCAUGCCAUUCGAGUUCAGACACCUCCACGUCACAUUCCCGGAGUGGUUGAAGUGACAUUAUCAUACAAAUCCAAACAGUUUUGCAAAGGCGCCCCGGGCAGGUUUAUUUACACAGCUUUAAAUGAACCUACCAUAGAUUACGGUUUCCAAAGACUGCAAAAAGUCAUCCCAAGACAUCCUGGUGACCCUGAAAGACUAGCUAAGGAAAUGCUAUUGAAACGAGCUGCUGACCUGGUUGAGGCACUGUAUGGAACACCACAUAACAACCAGGAUAUCAUUCUGAAACGAGCUGCAGAUAUUGCGGAAGCUCUCUACAGUGUACCAAGGAAUCCUGGACAGAUCCCCGCACUGUCUAGCUCUCCUGCUCACAGCAGUAUGAUGGGAAUUAACUCUUAUGGUAGCCAGUUAGGAGUCAGCAUUUCAGAAUCAACACAGGGGAACAACCAAGGUUACAUUCGUAAUACAAGCAGCAUCUCACCCCGAGGUUACUCAUCCAGUUCCACACCUCAACAGUCCAAUUACAGCACUUCCAGCAAUAGUAUGAAUGGCUACAGCAAUGUCCCUAUGUCAAAUCUGGGUGUUCCAGGGUCACCUGGAUUCAUCAACGGCUCUCCAACAGGAUCCCCCUAUGGAAUAAUGUCUUCAAGUCCAACAGUUGGCUCUUCUAGCACUUCUUCCAUCCUUCCAUUCUCCUCUUCCGUCUUUCCUGCUGUCAAACAGAAGAGUGCCUUUGCUCCCGUCAUCAGACCCCAAGGGUCUCCUUCUCCUGCCUGCUCUAGCGGUAAUGGAAAUGGGUUUAGAGCCAUGACUGGUCUUGUCGUUCCUCCGAUGUAAGGAAUAGGCAGCUUUGCUCCUCUCCCUCUUCCCUUUUUUCCUCUUUUUUUCAUUUUUCUUUUACAGCACAAAACUACUUAUUGUGAUGGACCAUUAAAAAGAAAAAAAUAGCACUACAAGCUCUUUUUGGGGGGGAAAGCCAGGCCCAGGAAAAAAAAAAAGGAACAUUUUUUAUGGAUUGGACAAGUUAGAAGUCUGCAUCUUUUACCUGUUUCGUAUUUCUGACACAACCACAUCAACUCCUAAAACAUCGUGAAUGAAGAAUCAGCCAAGAGCCACGAUGAACAACAGUUGGCAGAACGGAAUCACAAAUGCAAAGUCUUUCUUGAAAGACAUGAAACGUUCCUAAGAUUUGUACAAUAUUAAAAGGAGAAAGAAAUUGGCAAAAUGAUUCAAGUUUGAUAUUUUGGAUACAAUAAUUUGUUUUACUUUGUAGGGGAAAAAAGUUGAAGUUUCUAUUUUCUAUGGAGCCUUUCAGAUACCAAUUUAGUUUAUGCAGAAAAAAAUUCAACAAAACAGGGUACCAGCAUGAAAGAAUUUCUAGGACAAACUGACAUGAAUGAUGGAACUUUGGUGUAUGUGUGUAUUUGCUUAUAGUUUAACCUCUUUAAAAAUGUAAGAUGUUUUACAAUUAUUUAAAUAAAUAAACUUGUAACUUAUUGUAUGUAGAGGUAGAAAUUAAACCCUUUUUUGGAUUUUUUCUUCAAGUUGUACAAUGAAGAAAAAUGAUGCAAAAAUGUAGUGACAAGUUUGAGAUAUAUUAUUACUGCUGCAAUUGCUCCUCACUUCCUCCCUCUUACUGAAUUUGUGUGCAAGGAUGUAUAGGAUUCUUUCCGAUUAACAAAUUCAUCAGAAACUUUUAUACAAGUUGUGGUGUACAGGUCACUAAUUCAUGUAUGAAUUUUCAUCCGCCUCAUCUUUCCCCUCGUCCAUUUUUUGUUUUCACAAUAUUCAGGUACUAGGAUAAACUGGUAAGUUUCAAAGACCCUACUGACAAACGAGUGGCACUUAGGGAUUUGAACAGAUCAGAUUUUUCAUGAGGUACUGAGUUUAUAUUAUAGAUUCAAUAUAUGAAUUGGGAGGGAAAGGGUUCUCUAACAUACUGUUUACCAUGUAGUUAGAACAACUUAAGUUCAGUUAUACUUCAUAUUAAGGGUGCAUUUAUAAAGGAUAAAUAUGUAUUUGAAUAAUUUAUGCACUUUUAUCCUGAGUCAUUAAAAAUGGUAAGUAUUUUCCAUUUAUAUAUUGAAGUUCAUAGAAGUAAUCAAUUGCUUUGUUUGAAUUUUUCUGCAUUUUAGUGUAAAAAAGUUUAGUUCUCCUUUGCAUCUCCUCUCCUGAAAUUGGAAGGUGAGAACAACGCAAUGAAAAAAAAAUCACUAGUUAUUUGACUAAACCAGAGAGCACUCUAAAGAACUCAAUUUUGCUGGUAAGCCAUUUUUUGAGAGGAAAAAACCAAAAUCAGCUACACUACUUACAACCCACUCAAAUACAUAGUAUUCAUAGUUGCACAAAUAGUUGUUCCUAUGAUAACAUCUUUCUAUUUAUAAAUAAACCCUUAAUGUAUGGCCCCAAAACUGUACUUCUCCAUUUGCCCAGUAGUUUUAUUUAUUGGUAAGUAAAAUAGGAUUUUUGGUGAUUAUAUAUGGUAGAAAAUGUUCAAUUCAAUACUGGACUCAGGAUGGAGAACAACUGUGACAACUUGCAUGGCUGAGGUAAUUUGUAUUUUGGAGCUAAUCUGGAUUAGUAAUAGACUAGAAAGUCUCUGUUUAGAUCUAUGGUUCAAAUCCAGCUGCCAUGAUUAGUGACAAAGCAGCUUGGUGUUGUGUGUGGUAUGAAUUUAUAGACCCUCAUCUGACAGACAGGCUUUUCCCAGUAGUUUUUGCCAUAGGACUGCAUUCUGCAAACUUGUGUGCAAAUUCACUCAUGUAAAUACCCCAGUGCAGUUAAACUGACUUCCUGUGACCCUGCUUCUGAUUCAAACUGUGUAAGAAUAGAUUCUCAUUGAAGCACAAUUUGCGUAGUAUGGUGUACGAUUGGGCUUAUAUGAGAAAUGUAUUUAGUGUACAGAAAUGUUUAUGGGAUGUGUUUUUCAACCAGAACUCGGUACAGCAGAGAAGCCAGGGGACUGCAAAGACAAUGAAAGUGGGCUACUCCUGUCAUUCCUAGAGAUGACACGCUUGUGACCUUUGUACUGUUCCUGACUGUGCUGUGGCUUUUUAGCAGAAGAUUCAUUAGGUGCCUUUCCAAUGCCAUUAAAUUCAAUUUUUAAAAGGAAGGCUUUUUUUACUGUCUUCUAAAAUUCAAGCUAAAAUUUAUCAGCAAAAGUGGCAAUUAAGAACAACUUUAAAAUAGCUUUUGUGGGAAUAAUGUGUUUUUAAGAAGCAUGAGUAUAGUUCAUUGGUCUUGCAAGUCAGGUUACUAAAAGUGUCUACACAUCAGAAAAGAAGAAAUAAAAUAACUCACUGUUAAUUGUGGUUGCAAGUUCAGUGACACUGCAGGUUCUUUGCAUGCCCUUCAUGUCUUCAAGGAAGUAGCAAUCACUGGAGGUCAACAAGGAGCCAACCUUCAAGCUAAGUGAUCUCUAAAAUAUGAAAGAAUCCUAGGUGGUAAGAAGUCUGGAGUUGUAAGUGUGUUCUGCUGUACAUUCACCUGGGAUAGCACAACGAGACAUACUGCCUAACCUCGUAACUGUUAUUCAGAACAAAUAAUUAUAUUUCAUGUAGUCAUAGGUAUCAGUAUCCCAGAAAGGCUAAUAAUGGGAAGUCUAAAUUAAUGCUUGGAAUUCUGGAUGCAUAGAGGGGAAAAAAGACAAAUUUAGGACUAUUAAAGUUGGGUUUAAGACUUCCAUUGAUUUCAGUGAACACUGCAUCAAGUCCUAGAUUUCCAAAAAAUAUCUCAUACCAGUGUCAUUUCUGGUGUGUUAUUUCCAUUCCCCAAUUUUGGCCUACUAAAAAAACCUGAAUAGCUCCAAAGCAUGAAGAUACAGAUUUUUUUUCUCUGCCCUUCUCUGUACAGGCUACGUUCUAAUUUUGUCAUCGCUGCUACACUUAAAAUAUAUGACCAUCAAAUAUUCUGGAUAUGAAUUUCUAGGCCACAUGCUGAAGAGCAGCAGCUUGCUAGCUUGACUCCUUUCACAUUUUUAACAAACAAAGCUUUUCAUUACAAAAUUUCAGAAAGGUUUCAAAUAAAAAAUUGAGACAUUUCAGGGGAGAAGCUAUUCUGUUAAUUGUCCACCAGUUACAUAAAUGGGGGGAGUUAUUACAUAAAAUGUCACUGAAGUCUAAGAAAGAUUCAAGAAAAAUUGACAAGCUGACUAAAAAAAAAAAAAAAUUGAAAAGGUUCUGAAAUUCUCAACAUUCCUUUCACAUUUCAGUUAUUUUUAUGAGCUCCAUCCGCUUGCUCAAGUGGGACAGCCAAGAGUCCAAUGAAAUAAAAGAAAACCUUCCCUAGAAAGCUUCUUCAGACGCUUGUAGGAAGGGAAACAAAUGUAGCUGCCUAAGUUAAUGUAAACAAGAAAAAAAAAAUCACUUUUUCUGGUUUGAUUUGAGCCAAACAAAUGAAACAAAGUAAAUGUAGGAAUGAUUUAGAACAUGAGGUUUGCUCAUGCAUGGAAAUCAUCAUAUUGAAGAUGAGUGUAGAACUUGGUAGCUUCACAAGGAAAAAUGUGUGUAAAUAAAUACAAUCAGGAAUCCUUGAACAUGAAAGACGGACUUUGGCAGUAGCAAACACCCAGCGAAAAGUAAUGUAAAAAUUUAUGUGUAAGCGUUUUUUUUUUUUCAGUGUAAUAAGCAAAUCUGUCCUCUUUUAGUUAUUGCUGUUUAAUACUCCCUAACAGCUUGCUUUUUUGCCACUAAAAAGAAGAAAGCUGUUGUGAGAGAUGAUUACAAAUUUUAUCAUAACUUUAAAGAGUAUGUUUUAUUUCAUUAUUUAUCUUGGUAUAGCCUCUUAUUCUCCCUAUUUCUUUGCACAUUUCCAAUAUGCAUGGUUUUUAAAGACCGUUUUCCUCCCUUCUGUAAAUUAAGGCCUCAUUUCUCCCUACUGUAUAGUUUUGGAGUUUGGGGUUGGCUGGUCGGUUUUUUGUUUUUUUGCGUUGUCAGUUAUACGGUAUGAAGUUGCUAUGCACAGAGCUUUUGUAAAGACAGCUUUUUUUUUGUUUACUGUUUUUAAUGGUCCUACUUAUGGAAGAAUAUCUUGUUUGUAAAAUGAAUAUGUCUACUUCAGUUUUAAACUUUAAAUUAUCCUAACAAAAAAAAUAAAAUUUUUGUACUGUAAACAAGGGGGGGAAAAUUAUCUUAA